CUGUUUACUGUUACUUUUUCUCCAAAAAAACAUUGCAAUCAAAGCAAAUAUUUUUUUGUCUUAUGGCUUUUUAUUAUCUUUAGGUAUAAAAUAAAAAAUGGCCUAGUUGUUUCAAUACUCGUUUAACGCAAAAUACGCAUGUUACACAAUGGAAGCCGAUUCAACUACGUAUGAAAAUACUUAUCAUGAAGGUACAAAAGUUGCAGAUUCUCUACCUUUUCCGAUCUGUCCAGGAAACUAUAAACUAUAUCAAGACUUUAUAAAUGAUAAUGGUGAUAAGACAAUGGAAAGUCAGAUUGUUGAAAGACUUCAGCAGUUUGGUUUAUUGCCGAAUGCGGUGAAAUGUCCUUCAUCCAAUCCUGAUUGCAAAGUAGUUUGCAAAGUUGCUCGUGUUAUAGACAGAGUGCAGUGGGUUUGCGGAGGCUGUGGGAAAAGGCAACCAAUUAGAAGUGGUUCAUUUUUCUUCAAGCUGCAGUGUUCUAUAAUGCAAGUACUUCAGAUGACUCUUGCAUGGUGUGAGGAUGCAGAUAUUAAUGUUGCCUUACAACAUUUUGAUGUCAAGCCAAGAGUUGCAAUUUCCAUCUAUGAUCGGCUUGAUGAGUUGGCUAUAAAGGAAUUAAAUAAACAAAAACUAGGCGGCGAGAACAGUGUGGUAAUGGCAGAGAUGUAUCCAGAUUGUCUGAACCGGUUAUCACCGGAUACAACUGACCAGCCACAUGUACACAGGAUAUUAAUGCUUGCAGAUACUAAACAUAUAUCAACAUAUUAUCGACUACAUGUUAUAAAGGGGGAUCCAAAACACUUACAUAGUGGUAACAUUGAUAAUGAUGAGAUACUUAAAUCAGAAGUGGAGAUGGUAUUAAAUAAUGUGACUGAACCUGGAUCCAUGGUAGUAUUGGGCAAUAAUGUACCCAAUAUUGAGGGAUGUGUCAGCUACCAGAAUCUCAUACAACAUUGUGAUGUGGACAUGCAGAGAUUUUUGAGUUCUCGCGUGUGGCGACAAGCGCUGUCACUAUGCACGGCGUCACGUGAACUAUGCGUGGUGGGGGCGGGGGGAGGUACGGGCGCUGCGACGUGCGCGCUCGCAGUGCAACGUUACCUUGACGCUUCUCUCUACCGUUUGCGAUACGAUGACGGCUUCUAUGAUCACAUGUUGAAGCUUAUGUCAGCAGAAUUCACAGAAAACUCUGCCAGUGAUACAAUCUAGAUUUAAGAGUUUAUUAAUUUUAACAUAAAAAGUGC